UGGUGCACCGGCACGGGCAGCCGGGGCUCCGGGCGCUGCAGCGGCCCCCAGGCGGCACGGAGCCCCAAGCCCUGAGGCGGGGCGGGCGGGGAGCGGCCGGGCCAGCGGGGCCGGGAGGGGGCGAGGCGAGAGGCACCCCUCGGUCGCCUCCUCGCAGGGAUCUCGUGAGGGGACUCGGGACCCCCCGGGGAGAGGCCGCAGGUUUUCGAAAGAGCCGACUUCCCGGGGCAAGGUGGGGUCAGUCCUUGGGGACCGGGACGCGGCGGGGCGCUGGGACAAGGAAGGGCUGCCCCGUCCGCCCGACCCCCGCGCUCAGCGCCGCCCCCGCCCGCAGCGCCGCCGCGGGGCUGUGUCUGCCCCGCCCGUUGCAGGCCCGUCCCUGCUGGCGCUCGCCGGCCGGGCGCGAGGCGGAGCUGAGGAGCGCGACGCGUGCCGCGAAGUUGCCGGGAACGUGCCGACGAGGCGGCUGCGAGGACCGAUGGAUCCCGAGGGCGCGCAGGUGACAGAUCAGAUGCAAACAGAAUCUUUACCUCCAUGUCCCAACACGGUGUCACCGGUACGGUUAAAUAAUCUCAUCAGUUCUCCAAGGUUCGGAACAGUUACUCCAAAUCGUGUCUUUGUGGGAGGAAUUGAUUUUAAGACUAAUGAAAAUGACCUGAAGACAUUUUUUGCUCAGUAUGGCAGUGUGAGAGAAGUGAAGAUAAUAAAUGACAGAGCUGGAGUAUCAAAGGGGUAUGGCUUCGUCACUUUUGAAACCCAGGAAGAGGCACAGAAGAUUUUACAAGAUGCUAAAAAACUCAAUUAUAAGGAUAAGAAACUGAAUAUUGGUCCAGCAAUACGAAAACAACAACUACGAAGUCCUAAUACUCGUUCUGCUGUAACACCACAAGCUGGUACAAUGUACACAACUACUGCUGUAUCACCAGAAGCUGGUACAAUGUACUUAACUACAUCGAGUGGAUAUCCAUAUGUUUAUCAUAAUGGAGUGGCUUAUUUUCAUACAUCUGAAGUUUCUCCUGUUCAGCAGCCAUGGCCAUCGCGCUCAGUUUCCAGUUCCCCUGUGAUGGUGGCGCCUCCAGUUUAUCAGUCUCCUACGUAUCAUUAUCAGGCACCAACACAAUGUUUUUCAAGUCAGUGGCAAUGGUCUGUUCUACAGUCUCCUACCUCUUCACCUCCACUCUUAUAUCUGCAACCAUCUGAAGUCUUUUAUCAGCCAAUAGGAAUUACCCAGGAAGGUGGAUGUAUAUCUCCACCUCUGCUAAUGGAAGCUGCAGUUCCUGAGCUGUAUUCUGAUCAUGGAGUUCAAACACUACAUCACCAGCCUUAUGCCCAGAGUCACAUAGCCAUGCCUGCAGCUUCCUUCCUGUGUGGCUGAGAUCCAUCAUCAACAUACCAGCUAGCAGCUGCGAGUUGUGGAAAACUUGGGGCAUUGAAGUCACGUUCUGUGAGAAGAAAUUUUUCACAUCCUUCGUCUGUGAGUCUGAAACCUAGUAUGCAUGAAGUCAUCAUUUUCAUCCUAGCAAAGAUCACAGAAUGGAAGAGUGCAUUCUUAUACCAUUUUCUACA